AUGUCUCGCAGAAGCGACAUCUCGGGCGAGAAGGACUUGGAGGCGAUUGGCUCCAAGGCCGACGUGGUCCAUGAAGAAGUCUCCAACCGAGGCGGCCUCACCGAUGAGGAACUCGCUUUUGUGCAGGACUUUCCCGAGGACAAGAGAAAGAAGCUGCUGACCAAAUGGCGCCUCAUGCCCAUUCUCGUCAUCCUCUAUCUCGUCGCGUACAUUGACAAGGCCAACAUCGGGAACGCAAAGAUCGAAGGAAUGCUUCCUGAUCUUGGCAUGACGGGCGAUCAGUACAACAUUGCCCUGUCCAUUUACUUCAUUCCUUACAUCCUCGGCGAGGUUCCCAGCAACAUGAUUCUUGACAAGUUCCGCAAACCAUCCCAGUACAUGGCAGGCAUCAUGCUCAUCUGGGGUGGAAUCGUUAUUUCCACAGGCUUCAUUCAGAACUUUGGCCAGUUACUCGCCGUCCGCACUCUUCUAGGCUUGUUCGAGUCCGGCUUCUUCCCUGGUGCCAUCUUGAUCAUUUCCAAGUGGUUCCUCCCCAACGAGACGCAGACCCGAGUCGCUAUCCUCUAUACCUCAGCAGCCACGGGUGGUGCCUUUUCCGGUCUCUUCGCAUAUGCUAUCGCGAAGCUCGACGGCGUCGGCGGCAUCGAAGGAUGGCGGUGGAUCUUCAUCAUUGAGGGAAUAUUUACCGUCCUCGGCGCCUUCGCUACCUGGUUCCUUCUUGUCGACUCUCCCGAACUCUCUAGCUGGCUCACCGACGAAGAGAAGCGAUACCUCAUUCUGCGCCAAGCCACUCGACGCGUCACCAACUCGGGCGAGUACCGUGAGAAGACUGACAAGGGCGCCUUGUGGGCUGUCGUAAAGGACUGGAAGGUCUACCUCCUCACCGUCUGCUCCUGGUCCAACGCUGCACCCAACUACGGCCUCAAAUUCUCCAUGCCCUCCAUCACUAAGGGCAUGGGCUUUACCUCCAGCAACGCCCAGCUCAUGACCAUCCCGCCUUACUUCUGUGGCGCAAUCUCCUCGUACCUCUUGGCCCGCUGCGCCGACAAGUUCAAGUGGAGAAUGCCCUUCCUCAUCGGUCCCCAGACUUGUGUCCUCAUUGCCUUCUCCAUCUUGAUGGCCAAGGCCGAGUUCAUCAAAGAGAACCUUGGCGCCUGCUACUUCGCCGUGUGUCUCGCCUGUGCUGGCAUGUACCCCAUUCUCCCCGGCGUCAGCGCGUGGAACAUCGACAACAACCCACUCCCCACGAGGCGUGCCAUUAGCAUCGCGUAUCUCAACUGCGCCGGCACCAUUGGCGGUAUCUAUGGCAGCUACAUCUACAAGGACAAUGAGAAGCCCAAGUACACCACUGGCUAUGGCGCAUCCUUGGGCUUUGCUAUCGGUGGUAUCUUGAGUGCCGUCAUUCUCGAGACGGCCCUCAUGUCUUUGAACAAGAAGCGGGCAAAGCUCACUGAGGCCGAGAUUCGGGAGAGGUAUACGAAUGAGGAGCUUGAGUCGAUGGGUGACCGUAGCCCUCUCUUUAAAUACAGCUUGUGA